AUGCUCUUCACAGCCCUCGCUCUCACUCUCGCUUCCCUCGUCGCAGCGACGCCGGUCGACAACCUCGCCCCACGCGCUCCGGGGCACACGUACACGGCCCUCAUUCACCCUAAGGCCAGGCAGGACUUGUGCAUCAAGACGGCGUCGAAGUACUACGGCGGCAGUGAGGCGCUGGUGAUCGGGCCAUGCGCCAAGUCGCUCAGCAUUCCCCCACGCUUCAUCUUCACGGACGGCAAGACACGCGUUCGGGUGGAAGGGUACAACUACUGCCUGCAGGCCGGGGUCGAGAACGGGCACUACACGUACAGCGGGGACGGGACGAUCGCGUGGCUGGGUAUCUGUCCCCCCGAGGGGACGGAUGCGACGGGCUUCGAGUGGAACUUUGCCAACGGGCGCCUGGAGCAGAUCAACACGAACACGGGCAAGGGCCGCCCGAACCAAUGCCUCGAUAAUACCGACGGCGCCAACUACGGCAUUCAGAUGUGGACCUGCUACGAGGGCAACAUGAACCAGCAGUGGGUCGCUGACGAGUACCGUGCGGGCGCGUGAGCGGCGAUGAGAGCAAGGACAUUGAAUGGACAAUGCUCUGUAGGCGUGGCAUGAAUGCCGUCUCGGUU